AUGAAUUUCCACCUGAUUCGUCAAAUUACUAAAUUUAAAUCCGUUUCAUUACUCAAUUCGUGCGCUUGUCGCUCGUCACAUAAUUAUUCUCCAGCGACUAUAACAGAAUUGACGCGGUAUUUAUACAUUGACCAUGAUAAACUUCAAAGCGAUAAAUUGGAAAAUUCGCUUCGUUAUCGCAAUUCAUCGUUACAAAAAGUCGACAUCUCUCGUUUGAGAUUUUUGGUUAAAGCUUUACGCAAGCAAUCGACGUACAGGGAUCAGAUUAACCAAUCGUUGAACAAUGUCACUUCUGAAAUAAAAAAAUUACAAGAAAUUAUGAAACCUCCUAAUGAUGAUAUCCUGCGACGAAUAAGUCUUUGUGAAAACAAAAUGACGUUUAUGCUCCGUCAAAAAGAGGCUAUUAAUCAAUAUUACAACGAGUUGAACAGUUUAGUAUUGAACGAAUAUCUUUCUGUUCCGAACGAUCUUCACGAGAAAACUCCGAAAAAUAAAAUAGACGUAAUUUUUCAAUCUGAAAAAACCCGCUCGCCAUUAGCCCAUAAUCAUUUGACGAUUGGUGAAAAGCUCAAGGUGCUCAACUACCUGAAUUCAAGUUACUACUUCUUACGAAAUGAUGCAACCUUGCUCGAAUUUGCAUCUUUGCGUUAUUUCUCGAAUGUGUUGCAAAAGAACAAGUUCCAGUUGUUUUUGAAUCCAGAUACUUGUAAUAACUUCGUCGUCGAUGGUACUUCUGACGGUAACAUUGACAAUUUCUUCAAGCUGGAAGGAGAUAAAUACAAUUUAGUAGGUUGCUCAUCGUUCAGUUCAUUUUGCGCUUUGAGGAUCGGUCAAAGUGCCCAUACGAAGUAUUUACCGGAACGUCAUGUCACUCAAGGACGUAAUUAUACCCCACAAACUAGAUAUAAAUCUGAAGAUGGACUUUAUUCGGUAUUUCAACGUUCCGAUGUACAUUUCGUUAUCGCAUCAGAAACCGAAGAACAGAUGAACGGUGAAUUUCAUAGAACAUUAGACCUACUGAAAUUCGCCUACGAAGAAGCCGAAUUGGAUUUUCGCAUUUCGUAUCAACCUGCUAAUGAUCUGCUACUUGGUGAAAGCUUGCGAGCUAAUAUUGAACUGUAUUCUAUCUAUUUGAAAAAAUAUGUCGAAGUUGCUCAUAUAUCAAUGUACGGCGAUUUCGUUAGUAAACGGUUAUUUAUGUUGUGUCAUGAUAAAAAUAGGAAGUAUGAAUUUUUGAACAUUAUCGAUGGUGUAGCAGUCAGUUAUCCUACACUAUUAGCCUACUUACUCGAGCGUUCUAACGAAAAACAACUACAUAUUCCUGAAUGUUUGCGAUCUCUCAUGUAUAAAAAAUUGUGAUGCGUGCGAUUUGUUAUAUCAAAUAAAUUGUUUAAAAUAGCGUAAAAA